CUACUUUGCCACCUGCUGCCCUCUCACACUAACAAUUUUUUAUUUCCUGUGUGAGACAACAUUUCCAAAAGACUGCUAAGACAUGAGGGGUGGAGAAAGUUCUAGAAAGCACACGUUUCUGGGAGCUCUUUUAGCGGGAGGAUGUGACACCUUUCCGUGCGAGUGCCGUUCAGACGCUUCGCAUCGCAGCCGCACCAUAUGCAGCGUACUCCCCUACGCACCGCCACCCCCCACCCCGAGCGCUGUCGGGGGAGUGCAUCGCAGGAAGUGCGGCACGAGAGUGGAGCGAGGAGGAGACGCUGUUAUUGGCAGCGCUUCAGAAGAGAGGGGGGAGUUUGGCUGCAGGCCCCUUCGGCGCUGACGGAGAAGCCCGUAAAGGAGGCACGUGGAGCGCUCGUGUUUCUUGGACAGGAGAAAGCAGCCCAAGCGGUGGAGAGACGGGGUCCUGGCGUGCCCCCCCUCCACCACCUCCGUCCCCGAGGGGUCAAAGUCAUCACAUCCAUGCUGCCUGGAUGGAAGUGAUGGUACCCGCCCCCCAUGCUCGAACCCCUCUGUAAUUGAAGUCAGAAAAGCAGUCGGGUCGGCACUGCGGAUCAGAAGGGAGCGGAGAGCGCCAUGGAGGUGCCGCGGAGCAGCUUGGCCCCUCGUCUCCUGCUGGUGUGGUUCGUCGUGAGGAGCUCAGCCCUUGGUGCCCAGAGCAGCUCCCCCAGAUUACGGCUGUCUCACAAAGAGCUGUGGGAUGUGAACAGGACCCGAGUGUUUCACAGCCCCCGGUUCGGUCGGGGUGUUCGAACCAUGCUGCUGGACGAGUACCAGGAGAGGCUGUUUGUCGGCAGCCGUGACGCCCUCUACUCCCUGAAUCUGGAGCGCGUCGAUGAGCAUCACAAAGAGAUCCAUUGGCCCAGCACAGCCACACAAGUAGAAGAAUGUCUGAUGAAAGGCAGAGAGAAGUCUGAAUGUGGGAACUACAUCAAGGUCCUGCAUCAGUACAACAGGACCCAUCUGCUGGCCUGUGGGACGGGCGCGUUCGACCCUGUCUGUGCGUUUGUUCGAGUGGGCCGCUGGAAGGAGGACGCAGUGUUUGAGCUCGAGACCCGUCACGUCGAAAGCGGCCGAGGGAAAUGCCCCUUUGACCCCAACAGCUCCUGCACUUCGACGUUCUCAAGAGGGCAGCUGUACGUCGGGCUGUACACAGACUACUGGGAGAACGAUGCGGCCGUCUGUCGCUUUGACGACCGCAGCCACACAAGAACAGAGCGAGAUGAUGGGCAGCAGCUCAGAGAGCCUAAAUUUGUGGGAUCUGUUGUUAUUCCGGACAACGAUGACCAGGAUGACGACAAAGUCUACUUCUUCUUCACGGAGAAAGCCGCCGACAGAGAUGGCAACAGUAAUGCAGUUUACGCCAGGAUCGGCCGGGUUUGCGCGAAUGACAUGGGAGGUCGGAGGUUGCUAGUGAACCGGUGGAGCUCCUUCCUGAAGGCGCGUCUGAUGUGCUCCGUACCCGGACCCAAUGGAAUAGACACACACUUCGACGAGCUGGUGGAUGUGUAUGUGCUGAAGAGAAAGGAUGAGAGGAACCCAGAGAUAUUCGGCUUAUUCAGCGCAACCAGUAGUGUUUUCAAGGGCUAUGCCGUGUGCGCCUACCACAUGGAGGACAUCCGCACAGCCUUCAACGGAGCGUACGCGCACCGAGAGAGCCCCGAGCACCGCUGGAGCGCCUUUCAAGGCAGGGUCCCCUUCCCGAGACCUGGAUCGUGCGCCAGCCGGGUCAACGGGGGGCAGUACUCGAGCUCCAGGGACUUCCCGGACGAGACCCUGCGCUUCGUGCGAGCCCACCCCCUCGUGCUGGAGCCCGUGCGGCCCGUCCACCGGCGGCCCAUCCUGCUGCGGCCCCACUCGCAGCAGAGCUUCACGCACAUCGCUGUGGACAGAGUGGAGGCCCGGGACGGACACUACAACGUGCUCUUCGUUGGGACAGACAAUGCUGUGGUGCUGAAGGUGAUCACGAUCUACAAUCAAGAGACUGACACCAUGGAAGAGGUCCUUCUGGAAGAGCUGCAAGUUUUCAAGGUCCCCGUGCCAAUCACUGAAAUCCUGAUAUCUUCAAAGAGGCAGCAGCUGUACGUUGGCUCCGAGUUCGGCGUCGCCCAGGUGAGGGUCCAUCAGUGCGACCUGUACGGGUCGGCAUGCGCCGACUGCUGCUUGGCCCGAGACCCCUACUGCGCCUGGGAUGGGGUCACCUGCUCUCGCUACUAUCCGGCCGGGAUCUACACCAAGCGGCGGUUUAGAAGGCAAGAUGUUCGUCAUGGAAACGCCGUUCAGCAGUGCGACGGGAUGCAGAUUAACGGAGAGCGGCCGGAGGAAGGCGACGAGAAACCCGUGUUUGGAGUGGAGCAAAACAACACGCUGCUUGAAUGCAGUCCGAGAUCUCCACAGGCCAAAGUUCUCUGGUUCCGACAGAGAGGUGAAGACAGGGAUCAAGUGGAAACAGGUGAGAGGGUGGUGCAGACGCCGCAGGGCCUGCUCUUCCUCCAGCUGCAGCGUGGUGAUGCUGGGUCCUACCUGUGCCAGACGGCAGAGCGUGGGUUCAUUCACACCGUUUCCAGGUUCUCCCUGGAGGUGCUGCAGGAGGAGCGUCUCUGGGGCCUGAUUCACGUCGAGCACGAGGACGGAGGCGAAGCUCCGCAGGCCCCCUGCCCCCUCCCCGGUGCGCCGCAGGGCUCCACCUCCCGACUCUGGUAUAAGGAGUUCCUGCAGCUCAUCGGCUACUCCAACUUCCACAAGGUGGAGGAGUACUGUGAGAGGGUGUGGUGCUCCGACAGGGGCCGCAAGAAGCUCAAAUCCUCGCCAUCCAAGUGGAAGUAUCCGCAAGAGAGGCGGGGGAGAGCGCGAGGGGAGCAGUCUCGCACGCCCAGACACAUCCUGGACACGCGGAUAGGCCGAGUGGCCGCCGGGUAACGUUUUCAGCGACGUCAGCACAAUCGCCAUCACCGGGUGACAUCACCUUUCGCACAAGGCGGACAGAACCGGGCACAUCUGAUGUAUGUAAAUAAGGAAGGGAAGGGAGGCCGUUGAGUAUGCGCAUGGACUCGUCGCUUUCGAGACACCAGCUGUAUAUGUUUAAAACCGCUGCGUAGAAAAAGGAAACACCCUUUUGUAUGCGCACACAUUUUACAGGUAUAAUGUAUAUUUUUAAAUUAUUAUUAUAUUUACACAGCAUGAUAUGACUGAUUAGUGGUGUAGGUGUGCCCUCAGAAAGUAAACUGGGAAAUGUACUGUCGUCUGAAUGCAUAAUCUUCUGGAAUGUUAUUUAAAGGUUCUUGAUUUUUGUUUUCUGUGUUUCUGCUACGGUGACAGAUCAUGACUUGUGUACAUGUGAGUGUGUGUAGCUGUGAUUUAAAGUGAGAUGUCUCUUUGCUGCGAGCCUUGAAAACGAAGCACCGUUGCAAUUUUCCUGUUCCAAACAUCGGGCGAACCUGGGAAGUGUAGACCAGUAAAUGCACACUUUUCUCUGCUUUAGCGCACUGUCACACACAUAACGCCGUGUAUUACAUCCUUGCCUUUUCAGUAACAGUGACUAAUUAGCGUCAUUAGUGCUAAAUUUGAACCUGAGUGCUGAUACUCUACAGUUACAUUAAGGAUCAGCUGUAGACUGACCCCAUUAUCAGCUCUUUACUUAAGUUAUGUGAGAAAAAUUAAUCAGUUUUGCACAGUAUAUAGCUGUCUUGACUAUGUAAUUGGAUAUUGAAAAAGGAGAGGUAUGGAGGCUCAUAGCUGAGCAAUAAGAACAUUUCUCUAAUAUAAAAUUAUAUGUGAAAACAUUUUUUUUCCUAUUUUUGCAUACUGUUUAUAUAUCUGUGUGUUGAUGAAAUCAGGUACAUUUAAUACUUGCUCAAGAAACACAAUUUAUUCCGCAGAUGUCGGAUGUAAGUAGACGUCAUAUUUUCAUUAUUUCAAACGAGCAAAAUUAUAGCGAGUCCCCAGAGCAUCAAAAUGCCACCCAUUUUUUUUUAACCCAAAGUACGUAAAAAUAUUAAUUAAUACAAUAUAAUGGCGAAACUAAAAUUUCUGAACAGAAGAGUUAGCGUGAUCCUAAAUGGAAUUAUCCAAUAGGCCAUUAUUUGUUAUUCCUCAUCGUAAACUGCAUGGUUCAUUUCGCUGAGCAGAUGUCCAUAAACCAGAUAUCGAAUAUAUUUGGGGUUGCAGAAAUUGUUAUAGAAGUUGCAUUGUAUUCUUAAAUUUUUCUACUUCUCUUUAAGCUUUCAUAACUUCUUAAAAUUUUGUUUUAGCUCAGCUUUUUAAUGCUCUGUAUAGUUUUUCUAUGUUGCUUGUGACCAUGCAUUAUGCAGCAGGUGGCGUCGUGGUUAGAGCCGCCACCUUGUACUCAAAGGACCCGGGCUUGAAUCCCACCUCCUCCUGUAGUAUCUUUAAGCACGGUACUAACCCCAAACUGAUACGGCAGAAAUUUCCCAGCUGUAUAAACAGGUAAAUCUGUGUAAGUAGCUUAAA